GGCAAUACUGAAAUUGCAUAUAAUUCCAAAAGGCAAGCAGUCAAGUGUUUAUAAACAAUUAGUAUAGUAAGCUAAGCAAGCCCUAGGAGGUCGUGUUGUGUUGGGUUUUAAAUAAAGGAGAAAUUAAAAUGGUGGAAAAUAGUGGAGGUGGAGACGAGACUAACCACAGAAUCCCAAUGCUUCUCUCUGUCUAAAUCCUUUCACCGUUUUAUGCUUGGAUCAUCUCCUUAGCAACGUUUCUACUGGUUUGCUUUUAUUAAGCCGAGACUGGAUCUCAGUAUAAUGAAGAAGAAAAAUCAACAGCGUUUGACAAAUAUCUAUCUCUCUCCUUUUAUAUCUGUAUAUCGUUAUGGCAAAGGCUUUACCUCCGAACGGUGACAACUGGGGCAAUACAAGUGCAAACGUCGGCGGCAGCAGUGACAAGGACAACAGCAAAAUGGUGAGAAAGAGGGCGGCGUCCGACAUGGAAAUCCAGAGCGGUGCCGGCGAAGAGAAUAGAUAUCUUCGCCGGCCUGUAACAAUAGGCGGGUCACAUUCCCAGUUAGGUGAUUUUAGGGCUUGUGGAACUAGUAAUCUUGGUCACGUCUCUAACUACUCCACUAUGCAAAUGUUACCUUCUUCCACAAACGUGUGCGGCGUGACGUCAAAAGGGGCUGAUUUCACUGGUUUUUCUAAUUCUAUCCCAAACCUAACUAAUUAUACCGACGCCAUAACUUCAUCUCAUCAUAUUCAGCCACAAAACCAUAACAACAACAACCAAUCUCCAUCUGUUUGUGUUUUCUCCGGUUUGCCCCUCUUCCCUCCAGAUAGAAACCGCCAAAACGGCGGCGUACUACUCCAGCAGCAACCUGCAACCGCCGCAGCAGUUCUAGCUUCCCCCUUAACAACUACCGCUGCUUCAAUGGAGGAAAGUGCCACGUCAGCAACGGCAUGGAUUGACGGUAUUAUAAAGGAUUUAAUCAACAGCUCAGCUCAAGUGUCUGUACCUCAGCUGAUCCAGAAUGUAAGGGAAAUUAUCCAUCCUUGUAAUCCAUAUCUCGCGUCCCUACUGGAAUACAGGCUUCGCUCUCUCACUAGUAAUAAUAAUAAUAAUAAUAAUAAUAAUAAUAACAAUAAUAAUGGUGCUAGUGCUGAUGUUCAAAAUGAUGCGGCCGCCAUGGAAUUCUGGAGAAGAAAGGAAGGAGUGUUGCCGCAGCUUGCGAGUUUACAACAUGGCCAAAAUCUAAAUCCCAUUUUAUUGCAGCACAACAAUAUUUUGUCCAUUCCGGAUUCAUCAAAUAACCACUACUUAAACUGGGAUAUAGCUGCUCCGGUUGCACCUUCUCUGAACCAGCACCAGCAGAUUAGCAGCAACAAUAAUCCCACUGCAACUGCAGAUCUUUCCUUUGUUACGUCUCCUCCGAUUCUUUCUCCUCAAUUGCAGCAACAACAGCAACAGCAGCAGCAAGAGUCUUCUCAUUCUCAGCAACAGGUUGCCAUAGACUUAGAACAACAAAAGCAGCAACAAUCUUCUAGUACUUCUCUAUCUCCAACAUCGGCGACUGAGAGUGGCAAGACAAAAACUACAACACCUGUAGUUCCAGUCAAUACAUACCGAGAGAAAAAGGAAGAAGAGCGACAACAGAAGAGGGAUGAAGACGGACUCCAUCUCUUAACCUUACUCUUGCAAUGUGCUGAAGCAGUAUCAGCUGAUAAUUUGGAGGAAGCAAAUAAAAUGCUACUGGAAGUUUCCGAACUCUCAACGCCCUUUGGUACAUCCGCACAGCGCGUUGCUGCAUAUUUCUCAGAGGCAAUAUCAGCAAGGCUAUUAAAUUCAUGCUUAGGAAUAUAUGCAGCGCUACCAGUAAGCAGCAUCCCCGUACUUUACACUCAGAAAAUGGCGUCCGCUUUCCAGGUGUUUAACGGGAUCAGCCCAUUCAUUAAAUUCUCUCAUUUCACAGCCAAUCAAGCUAUUCAAGAAGCUUUCGAGAGAGAAGACCGGGUUCAUAUCAUAGACCUUGAUAUUAUGCAAGGUCUUCAAUGGCCCGGCCUCUUUCAUAUAUUGGCUUCCAGGCCCGGUGGGCCUCCAUUUGUUCGUCUCACCGGGCUCGGAACUUCAAUGGAUGCUCUUGAAGCUACAGGCAAACGAUUGUCCGAUUUUGCUGAGAGAUUAGGGCUUCCUUUCGAGUUUUUACCUGUAGCCGAUAAAGUUGGGAACUUACAGCCUGAGAAAUUGAAUGUGAGUAAAAGAGAAGCUGUUGCCGUUCAUUGGUUGCAACAUUCUCUCUACGAUGUCACUGGCAGCGACUCUAAUACUCUCUCCCUCUUGCAAAGGUUGGCUCCGAAGGUGGUGACGGUAGUGGAGCAGGACCUGAGCCACGCGGGUUCAUUCUUAGGGAGGUUUGUGGAGGCAAUACAUUACUACUCAGCUCUAUUCGACUCGCUGGGCGCGUGCUACGGGGAAGAGAGCGAAGAGAGACACGUCGUGGAACAACAGCUUUUGUCAAAGGAGAUUCGGAACGUGUUAGCCGUAGGUGGUCCGUCUAGGAGCGGCGAAGUAAAGUUCAACAAUUGGAGAGAAAAGCUACAACAAUCUGGCUUUAGGUCCAUAUCUCUUGCCGGUAAUGCUGCAGCCCAAGCUACUCUUUUGCUAGGAAUGUUUCCUUCCCAUGGAUACACUUUGGUUGAGGAUAAUGGCACUCUUAAACUUGGUUGGAAAGAUCUUUGCUUGUUUACUGCUUCUGCAUGGAGGCCUAAUUCUUUCCAUACGAGCCCGGCUUCGCGUCAUUUUUCUCGCCCUAAUAUGGAUUAGAAAUACUCGGGUUAUUGAGUUUCAGAUACUGAAUGGUUAAAUAAAAAGAAUUCCUGUCACGGUGACCUCGCUCUUUCUUCCUUUCAUUUGUAGUGUAGUUUACAACUCAUCAUUUCAUGUCAUAUUGUAUGUUAUAUAUGCAAAGGUGGCUUGUUAACUCUUAU